UGCCGGCGGCGACCCCCGGCCUGCGACCCCCCGCCCGGCACCGACCGGCCUGUGACCCGGUACAGACCGGCCUGCGACCCCCCGCCCGGCACCGACCGGCCUGUGACCCGGUACGGACCGGCCUGCGACCACCCCCCGAGCCGAGGUUCGACCGCCGAGGAUGUUUUCGGAGCGAGCGGCCCCCACGGCGCAGGGGCUGCUGGCCCCCCCCUCGGGCGAGCCCCCCACCUUCCCCAGGGUGCCGGUGGCGGGGUACGCCGACCUCUCGCAGCCCUUCCAGCUGGGCGAGCGCAGCUUCUCCCGGCAGUACGCGCACGUGUACGCCGUGCGCCUGGCCGGCAUGCGGCCCCGGCUGGAGCGGCGCGCCCGCGGCCGCUGGGGGAGUGACGUCGCGCUGCGGAGGCUCUCGGAGCUGCAGGAGGGAGAGAAGUGCUGCGUGGUGGGGACGCUCUUCAAGUCCAUGCAGCUCCAGCCCUCCAUCCUGCAGGAGAUCAGCGAGGAGCACAACCUGGUGCCUCAGCCCCCCCUGCCCAAGUACAUCCAGCCCUGCGACGAGCUGAUGCUGGAGGAUGAGCUGCAGCGCAUCAAGCUGGAAGGAGCCAUUGACGUGCAGAGGCUGGUGACAGGGACCAUCGUGGCCGUGCUCGGCUGCGAGCAGGAUGACGGCCGGUUCCUGGUGGAGGAUCACUGCCUCGCCGAGCUGCCGCCCCCGCUGCCCUGGAGCGGGCCCAGCUGCGACCGGUUCGUGCUGCUGGCCUCGGGGCUGGGGCUGGGCAGCGUGAGCGGGGAGGCCCUGCUGAGCACGCAGCUGCUGGUGGACGUGGUGACGGGGCAGCUGGGUGCGGAGGGCGAGCAGAGCUGCGCUGCACACAUCACCCGCGUCGUUCUGGCCGGGAACCUGCUGAGCCAGAACACGCAGAGCCGAGACACCAUCAACAAGGCCAAGUACUUGACCAAGAAGACGCAGGCUGCAAGUGUGGAGGCUGUGAAGAUGCUGGAUGAGAUCCUGCUGCAGCUCUGCACCUCCGUGCCCGUGGACGUGAUGCCUGGCGAGUUUGACCCCACCAACUACACGCUGCCGCAGCAGCCGCUGCACCGCUGCAUGCUGCCCCUGGCCAGCGCCUACGCCACGCUGCGCCUCGUCACCAACCCCUACCAGGCCAGCCUGGACGGCGUCAGGUUUUUAGGGACAUCAGGACAGAACAUCAGCGAUAUCUUCAAGUACAGCAGCAUGGACGACUACCUGGAGAUCCUGGAGUGGACACUGCUGGCGGGACACAUCAGCCCCACGGCCCCAGACACCCUGGGCUGUUACCCGUUCUACAAAUCUGACCCGUUUAUCCUCACCGAGUGCCCUCACGUCUACUUCUGCGGCAACGCGCCCCGCUUCCAGUCCAAGCUGCUCCAAGGGAAGGAGGGGCAGCGGGUGCUGCUGGUGACGGUGCCAGACUUCAGCGCCACGCAGACCGCCUGCCUCGUCAACCUGCGCGACCUCAGCUGCCAGCCCAUCACCUUCUCCAGCUUCGGGGCUGACUCCGAGGACGGGGACAUGGAAGUUGGACACUGACCACAGGGAGGGCACUGACUCCACCAGGCCCCAAGGGGUCCUGGCACCACCUGCAUUUGUCUGUCCUCUGGGAAGUGACAGAGCUGGGGAAGCACUGGAGGGACAAGAUGUUCAUACCAAUAUAACUUGAUUUAUUUGUGUAACAAAAAA